UUGUUGUGUCAAGGAAAACUGUGAUGUGGUCUUUUUCUUUGAAACAAGUUGUUUCCAUAUUACUUGCUAUAACAACCAGUUGUGCAAGCCUUUAAUUAGAACUGGGGAUAAAUUUAAACAUUCUUACAUGAUCCAAGUGCGAGACCCAGAUCAGAAAGAUUUUCCCUGGAAUGAAAAUUUACAGCCUGAAGAAUGGAUGUCCAUACUAGAUGAAGAAAUACCUCGAGAGACUGACAAUAGUGAAACACCCUACAUCGUUGAAGGUAAUAAAAUUUCUCAGGUCACCACAGAUGCAAGCAACUCAGUUCCAGUGACACCAUCACGGAAGAAAAAUUGUUUAUAUGGUGUAGAUGAAUAUUGUCCCAUCAAUGAAUACUGUGCCCUCAGAAACACCAGAGCUCGGCAAGGCUUGUGCAAGUGUAAAGUUGGUUACACAAGGUCAUUGCUUACAGGGCAUUGCCAGCUUAUAAAAGCAAGUAGCAGUACCUUCACAGCAAUGGAUACAUCUGUUACAACGUUACCAACAACCAUUAGUGCAGCAAAUACACAUCCAUCUACUACUACAAACUUUGGAGAUAAAAACAGUAGUGUGGUAGAUACUAAGUCCAGUUCCACUUCUGCUCCUUUAAUUCACCAUUUGGUGGUUUCAGCAGGAGGUAACAAGCAAAUUCAAUUACCUGAAAAUGAAGUAACUUUGUCAGCAUAUGCUUUGCCUCAAGAGAAAGAAGGAGAGAAGUACGAGUAUCGUUGGACUUUGGUAUCUCAACCAGGUGGAGAUGAGGAAACGGGAAUUAUGCAAGGUCAAACAAGUUCAACUCUAAAAUUAUCAAAGCUCCGAGCUGGCAUAUACGUGUUUGAGAUUGCUGUCACUGGGAAUGGAUCAUAUGGAACAGACACAGUUAAUGUUACUGUUUUACCACCCAAACGGAACAACAAGCCACCUGUAGCUAUCAUCCAGCCUUCCAAUGUUACUGUGAAACUCCCAAAUAAAGACACUGUUUUAGAUGGUUCUUACAGUACAGAUGAUGAUAAAAUUGUUGAAUAUCAUUGGGAAGUCAUAACUCUUCCUAUUGGAUACAAGAUUCAAUUGAAUGAUACUAAUACAGUCCAGUUAAUAAACCUUAUUCCAGGGCUUUAUCGCUUCAAGCUUACUGUAAAAGAUUCUGAUGGAAUUUCCAAUUCAACCUUUGCCAAUGUAACAGUUCUGAGGGAGAAAGAUUACCCUCCGACAGCUAAUGCUGGAUCAGAUGUUGUCAUUUACCUUCCCCGAGAUCAAGUGACACUAAAUGGGAACCUCAGCAGUGAUGACAAAGACAUUAAAAGCUACCAAUGGAUGAAGAGUCCAGAAAUAGACAAGUCUGUGGACAUGGAGGGUACUAGUAGCCCGUACCUUCAUCUAUCUCACUUGGAAGUUGGGGUUUACAAGUUUAUUUUGAAAGUGACAGACACAUCUGACCAAACAGCUGAAGCAGAAGUUCACGUGUUUGUUAAACCAGAAAGUAAUAUUCCUCCAAAAGCAGUUGCUGGUGAAGAUAUUAGGGUAUCAUUACCAUUAGAUGGACCAGUUCUCCUUAAUGGGAAAUUAAGCUCUGAUGAUAUAGGAAUCACAACUUGGAACUGGAAACAGAUAGAUGGACCUAAACGUACAAAAAUAGAAAAUGAUAACACAUCUACUGCUCGUGUUUCUGAUCUAGUACCAGGAGAGUAUAUAUUCAGGUUGACUGUAUGUGAUGAUAAAGCACAAUGCACUUCUGAUAAUGUCAGCAUCAUUGUAACUCAAAGAGAGAACACUCCACCAAGGGCAAAUGCAGGAGGUGAUAAAACCAUCCACCUACCAUUUGAUCUGGUAAUAUUAAAUGGAAGCAAGUCCUGGGAUGAUGUGGAAAUCCUCUCUUAUGUCUGGACUAGAGAUCCAUCUUCACUUGCAGCUGGGGACAUAAUAGAAAAUUCUGACCACAGUCCAGUUCUCAAACUCAUUAAUGUCCUCCCAGGCCGUUACUUGUUUCGUUUGACUGUUACAGAUAAACAAGGAGCCUCCAGUUCUGACACAGCAUCCCUAAUUGUGAAGAGUCCCUCAAAUGUGCUCAAUCAAGUGGAACUCAUUUUGAAUGCUGAUAUCAAUAGUUUCACUGCUGACCAAGAGGAUACACUUGUCAAACAGCUAGAGCUUCUUCUCUGUACACUUGAAGGAUGUAGCCUUAGAGUCCUCAGUUUGGAUGCAAAUAAACACACUCGUAGGGUGAGACUUACAUUUGUAGUGGAGAAAGUACAACCAGGUGGAGUUACUACCUUAAGUAAAGGCUUGGAUGUAGUUGCUGCUCUUAAGAAGAAGUUACGGACUGAUAGUAGCCUGCUAAGUUUGGAAGUUUUGUCUUUAGACACAGUCGUGUGUCAAAAUGAAUGCUCCAAUCAUGGAACAUGUGACCAGUAUACAAAACAUUGUGUCUGUGAUGCCUUCUGGAUGGAAAAUAUUUUCAGGUUUUAUAUGAAAGAUGAAGAAAGUAACUGUGAUUGGAGUGUCCUAUAUGUUGUAAUCAUUUCUUUUUGUGGAGUAACUGCAGUUGCUGGGUUUAUCUGGGGAAUUUCUUGUCUUUGUAGAAAAACAAGAUGUCGGAAACACAAGAAACGCCAUCGAUAUGCCCUUCUUGAAGAUUUCAGUGAUAAAGAGAGGAAUGGAAUACCUUUAAUGGCUAGAGGAAAGCCACAAAGCAGCAGUGUCAUGGUAUCGGAAUCUGAUUCUGACACACUCUUUGACUCCAGAACAAGGCUGAGGAUGAAACAAAAUGGGAAACCCCCCAAUGGUGUCAUCAAAAAUGGAAGAAAAAUCAAAACGUGACAUAUAUCUUGAUUCACUCAAGCUCACCUGAGACUUCCUGAACUUUUAAAAUACGCAAUCAUAGAGACAUAGCAACAUUCUUUGUGUAGUUGGGGUUUAUAUUAGACAGUUUCUGCUACUGCUAGUAUUAGAUGCUAGACCUAAUGAGUAUGAUUUUUAUGUUGUUUGUAAUACAACCUUUUUUUAAUUGAACAAUUUUUAUUCUUUUUAAAGAGGUAAUUAUUGCUAUUUUAUCAAAUUUAUAAAAUGAAAUAAUUUACAGUUUUCGUUUCUGAGUAAGUAGAACAUGAGUGAAAACUACAAGAAGUUAGAUUUCUGUUAAAUCCCAUAAUGAUUGUUGUGCCAAUUAAGUAGUGAGAAAGACAGGAAAAAAAAAGAUUUUACAACUGUGUUGAUCGUUUUAUUACAAGUUACUUAUUUACUUUGUGAAAAAUAAUUCACUCGAGUUGGUUUAUACUUUAAAGGCACUAAAUGCUUCUAAAAUUCAAAAACUUGCAAUGCUUGAAAAAAAUAGACAUUUUGUAUUGGUAGUUCAUGAAAGAAUAAGAAGCAGUACAAGUAAGCUUGAAUAAACUAGUGCACCCACUACAGUGAUAUGUAUGUGCAUAUAUCAAAGUAUUAAAACAUAUAUAGGAUAUUAUAACAUAUAACCACCAGUUUUCUUGUUAUUUCUAUAGCAAAAUAUGUGGGAAGUCCCAGAUUAUAUACAAUGUGGAAUAUAAGUGUAAUUACUUCACUGAAGUUUGGCGUUGCUGUAUAUUAAAACCACCAAUGUUUCAGAUUUCACUCUAAAGAAACGAAAUAAAUUUGUCACAAAAAAGAAAAAAAAAACUUGUUCAUUGCUUGCCCUACCAGCAUUUGUUAUUUCAUGACACCAAACUUUAACAUAAGUAUAAAUGUUAAAUCAUAAUAAGUAAGGAAAAAUUGCAUUAAACUGCUGAUGAUAUCCCAAAAAUAUAAUAGAUGUAUUUUAUAUAGUGUUUCAGUUAUAAAUGCCUACAAAUCAUGUACAACUUUUUUUUUUUAUAAGUAGUUUUGAAUAGACUAUUGGAGCACUGUAGUGUUUUAUCCAAUUUAUAACUUAAAAGUUUAUUAUAACAGUUCACCAGUUUCUGCAUUCAACACCAUUUGUCCUGUAAGUGUUUGAUAUGGUUCAACCUUGUAGGUUUGUCACGUCAGCUUCUUGAAUGUGCCUUUCUGAUGUGAACAACAUUUGCCUAUAGUGUUGCAUGGAAUCGAAUUCACUCUGGAAAUGAGUUUGCCACAGUUUGGCUGUUCCCACUAAAAGAAACUGACAAUUGCUAAAAGUACUUGUUGAUUUUGUUAUAAUUAACACUGAUGUUUUUACUGUUAGAACAUUUUUGGUAAUGCUUUCAUUUUAAGUACAUGUUUGAGAAAGAGUUGAUGAGAAUGAUAUUCUGCUACAAAAUUUAAAUCAGAUUCACUGCAAGUUAUCUCAGUUUAUUUAUUUUUGUUUCCCACAAGUAUAAUUCUGCUAGCUAAUACCAAUUAAGAACAAAUGGUUUAUUUUAAACUUUAUUUUAACAUAAUUUAUUUACUCUUUUUUUAAAUAUAAUAUUCUUAUUUUGGUCCUCUUUCUGUCGUUUUUUUUAUUUAAUGUCCUCGGGAAACCAAGAAAAUAAAUACUUGAAAACUUAUUUCAAAAAUGUUUUAGAUAUUAAAGCAGUACAUGUGCUUUAGAUGUUAGGCUUUGAACAAUAUUUAUUAUUCAAAUAUACAACAACAGGAAAUAAUUAUCAAUUUAUCAGAACCUUCCUGUAUACUGGGUGUAACAAAAGUAGCUCCCAUUGGGCAUCUCGGAGUCCCAAAUAUUCCAAACAGUUUCUGUCACUACUAAACACCAGUGUGUAUGGAUGUCUCAUGUUUUAUUGCAGGCUGUACAUUUUGGUAAUUUUAUGCUUAAAAUAAACAGUGAACAAAAUUUUUUGUAUAGAGUGAUAUUUUUAUUAUACCCUAUAGAUUGCAAAAAAUAUGUCUUCAUUUUUGUCUUGAUCUUAAUUUUGAUGUAACAGAAGUAUUAUUUUUAACUUUAUUUUGUAAGUAUACUUUUCUUAAAACUAUACCUAGCUUGAAAAAAAAUUGUUUAAAUAGUUAUCUUUUUAUUUCAUUGUUUGUUACUUACUUCUUAUGUAUGUUUCUUUUUCAACCAUAAAACAAAUAUCUUUAAAAUUCUCUGUUGUUUUUUGUAGAGUGUAUGAAAUUGAAGUUAUUUUAGUUGGAUAACACAGCCACUGUUUUAAUAAAAGUUUCUCUCAUGAUAUGUUGUUAACUAAAAUGUACAGAAAUCACUCUGGAAGAUGUGUUGAGCAUUUACAACACUUCAGUUUACAUUAUCUCCAUGUUUUUGAUGUCCUCUUUACUAAAUGUUUUUUUGGAGGUACAUACUACUGUAUGCCGAUAUUGGUGAUGAUUUAAAAUGAAAUAAUAUAUAUAUAGCUUAUCUGUCUUCUUUUGACUUUAACAAUCUUUUUUAGCUACACAAGUGUAAAAAUGUCUAGUCAUUUCCACAGUUCAUACUUGUCCUUAAAAAUUUUAGUUCCUAAAUGUUUAUCCUAUAAAUUUGUUAGAUGUUACACAUUUUCCAGAAAUCGUGUAUAACCAGUGUUGUAGUCAUGUUUGGUAGAGGCCUUCCACAAUUAUCUAUAUUUAUCUAAGUAUAUCCCCCCCCCCCUCCCCAUCAAGCCACCCAAUUUCAUUAAUUUAUAAGCUAUUAUUACAGAUCUU